AUGGCGUUAGCAAUAUGCCUUUUCUUAGGCCUCCUCCUAAGCUCGUCUUGUGAGGCCUACAAAGCGCUGGUGGUGUUUGGAAUGCCAGCAACGAGCCACUCCAACUUGGGUAGAGGAGUUGUGAGAAAUCUGUUGAAAGAUGGACACGAGGUGACAUUCAUCACACCGAUUCCAAUCAAGGAUCCUCCACCAAAUCUUCAUCAGAUUGAUGUGAGCAGUAACUUUGAACUUCUGCCACUCGACCUUAUGAAGAUAGAGAGAUUCUUGGGACACAAUUCGAUGCCAGCUUUGCCCCGUUUCUUCGUGAAGAUGAUGAUGAUGAACCUGGUCUCGAAAACCAUGGAACAUGAAAAUGUUCAGAAACUACUGAAUGAUACUAAUGCGCAUUUUGAUGUUGUCAUCGUUGAAUGGAUGUUUACUAGCCUUAGUGCUGGUUACGCCACGAUAUUCGACUGCCCUCUGAUCUGGUUGAUUCCAGUGGAAGUUAACUCAAUGACUAUCGGUUUAGUCGAUGCUGUACCUCACCCUGCUUACAGCACUGAUCCUUUGUCAUCGUACCUGCCUCCCUUUAGCUUUUUGGAAAGAGCUACAGAAAUAUGGACAAGGUUACAAGAGUCAGUCUUAGGAUUUUUGUAUUAUGAAUCAAAGGACGCUGCUAACUACGAGAGAAUUGUAGUACCUCAAGUCCAAAAGAGAGGUCGGCAAGCUCCGCCACUUAGUGAAGUCCAAUACAACGCAUCUCUAGUGUUGGGUAACUCACAUGUGUCAAUGGGGCUGCCCCUAAGUUUGCCACAGAACUACAAGCCUGUUGGAGGUUAUCAUAUAGAAGAAGAAGUGAAGCCAUUGCCUGAGGACUUGGAAAAGAUAAUGAUGAACUCUAAGAACGGAGUCAUAUAUUUCAGUAUGGGUUCCAACUUGAAGAGUAAGGACUGGCCAGAAGAGAUCAAACGGGAUCUCCUGAAAUUAUUUGGAGAACUUAAGCAAACAGUGCUUUGGAAGUUUGAAGAAGAAUUGCCAAAUGUACCGAAAAAUGUUCAUAUUUUGAAAUGGGCGCCGCAGCCUAGCAUUUUAGCUCAUCCAAAAUGCGUGCUAUUCAUAACCCAUGGAGGACUGCUAUCUACGACAGAAACGAUCCACUUCGGUGUCCCUACCAUUGCCAUACCUGUCUUUGGAGAUCAAUUCAUCAAUGUCAAGAAAUCAGUCGCUAGAGGCUUUACUCUGCAAGUUGAUCUGUCUUACAAAUUGGCUGCUGACUUGAAAGUAGCAAUCGAAGAAAUGCUGAGCAAUCCUAAGUACAGACAGCGAGUAAAGGAGCUAUCCCACAUCUACCAUGACCGACCAGUGAAGCCGGGAGCAGAGCUGCGACACUGGGUGCAGCAUGUAGUGAAUACGCGGGGCGCUCCUCAUCUGCGUUCUCCUGCACUACAAGUGCCAUUAUACCAACGAUUGUACCUAGAUUUAGUAGCAUUCCUAUCUGUAGUCUCCAUAGCUUUGUAUAUACUUAUUAAAAAAUUAUAUCGUCGUGUGAGAUCUAAGAAAAUUGUGAAUAAUAAGAAGAGGAAUUAG